ACCAAAAUUGUAGCAUAAAUUACUCUCUCUCUCUCCUCGUUAUCCCUGUACGCGGCGACGCAUUGUACGGUUCGGUUCCAGAACUCUCUCAACGACGCCGUUUUCGAUUCUCAACUCUGGGUUUAUUCUUCCAACUCCUAGGUUUAACCCUUUCCUAGGGUUUUGGUGGAUUGUUUUCUGUGUUUCCGCUUAAGUUUGUGCACUAUCAAGAAUAAAAAAUUUAUACGUGAAGCAUGGGUGACAGUGAAACAGUUGUUGCUCAUACAUCUUCCGUGUCAGGAUAUGCAUCAGCAGGCUAUAGUUCCACUGGCUAUGCUGAUGAGAGCUCAAAUGUUGCUUCGGAUGCUGGUGGAUUGCCUUCUGCGUCUGCCGGUGAAAUUUCUACUUCUGCAGCCUCUACAGCUGCAGCCUUUGCCGCUGAUGAUGGUUCUAAUGCAAGUGAGAAGAAUGACUAUAAUUCUCUAAUGCAAGCAUCUGAAGCCAGUACAGGAAUUGAAGCCAUGGAUUCUUCCCAAGCUACUGGGUAUGAUACUUCUGUCAAUGGAACUGCUGUUCUAGGGUCUGUUGAAAAUGGAAAUGCCUCAGAUAACGUGGGUGGAGCUAUGGAUGCUCAACAGUAUGUGGACGGUACUGCUAUGUCUACUGAAGAAGAGAGGUUGUGGAACAUCGUGAAGGCAAAUUCUUUAGAUUUUAAUGCCUGGACUGCUUUGAUUGAAGAGACAGAGAAAGUUACUGAGAACAACAUAUUGAAAAUCAGAAAAGUUUAUGAUGCAUUUUUAGCAGAGUUUCCAUUGUGUUAUGGGUAUUGGAAGAAGUAUGCUGAUCAUGAGGCUCACUUGGGUUCUAUUGAUAAAGUUGUUGAGGUUUAUGAGCGAGCAGUUCAGGGAGUUACCUAUUCAGUCGACAUCUGGCUGCAUUACUGCAUAUUUGCAAUAAGCACAUAUGGAGACCCAGAAACUGUUAGAAGGUUUUUUGAGCGAGCACUUGCUUAUGUUGGAACAGAUUACCUUUCCUUCCCUCUCUGGGAUAAGUAUAUUGAGUAUGAAUAUAUGCAGCAGGAUUGGAGUCGACUUGCCAUGAUUUAUACUAGGAUCUUGGAGAAUCCAAAUCAACAACUGGAUCGCUAUUUUAACAGCUUUAAAGAAUUAGCUGGAAACCGGCCUCUGUCAGAACUGAGGACUUCUGAAGAAGCUGCUGCUGUAGCAGGUGCACCUUCAGAAGCUGCUGCUGCCGCAGAUGUGCCUUCGGAAACUGCUGCUGACCAAGUAAAUGGAGAAGAGGUCCACACUGAUGGUGCAGAUCCAUCCUUUAAAGCUGUUAGUGCUGGCUCAACAGAUGCAGAAGAGUUGGAGAAGUACAUCACUAUUAGAGAAGAGAUGUAUAAGAAAGCUAAAGAGUUUGAUUCAAAGAUCAUUGGUUUUGAAACAGCUAUCAGGAGGCCCUACUUUCAUGUGCGUCCCCUUAAUGUCACAGAACUUGAAAAUUGGCACAACUACCUGGAUUUUAUAGAAAGAGAAGGAGAUUUGAACAAGGUUGUCAAGCUGUAUGAAAGAUGCCUAAUUGCAUGUGCAAAUUACUCCGAGUACUGGAUUCGAUAUGUCUUGUGCAUGGAAGCCAGUAAAAGUUUGGAUCAUGCCAAUAAUGCACUUGUUCGUGCGACCCAAGUUUUUGUUAAGAGGCAUCCAGAAAUUCAUCUUUUCGCUGCUAGGUUCAAAGAACAAAGUGAGGACAUUGUAGGUGCUCGCGCUGCUUAUCAGCUUGUACAUUCUGAAAUUUCACCAGGUCUUCUAGAAGCAAUAAUAAAGCAUGCAAACAUGGAACAUCGGCUGGGUAAUUUGGAAGAUGCUUUUUCUUUAUACGAACAGGCUAUUGCCAUUGAAAAAGGAAAAGAACAUUCACAGGCAUUACCUAUGUUAUUUGCUCAAUAUUCACGGUUUGCAUACUUGGUUUCUGGGAAUGCUGUAAAAGCUAGGGAAAUUCUUGUUGAAGCACUUGAGCAUGUCCAAUUGUCAAAACCUCUUCUCGAGGCCCUAAUACAUUUUGAGUCGAUACAGUCCCAACCAAAGCAAAUUGAUUACCUAGAAUCAUUGGUUCUAAGGUUCAUAGAGCCUAACUCUGAGACCCUCAAUGUUGCAAGUGUUGCCGAAAGAGAAGAGCUAUCUAGCAUUUUUCUGGAGUUUUUGAAUCUUUUUGGAGAUGCUCAGUCAAUCAAGAAGGCUGAGGAUCAUCAUGCCAAGCUCUUCUUACCUCAUAGAAGCACAACAGAGUUGAAAAAGCGUCACGCUGAGGAUUUUCUAGCAUCAGAUAAAACAAAAUUAGCGAAAUCCUACUCUGGCGUUCCUUCACCUGGUCAGUCCUUGAUGGGAGCAUAUCCGAGUCCACAGAACCAGUGGGCUGCUGGUUAUGGUGGCCAGCCUCAAGCUUGGCCGCCAGCUACACAAGCUCAGGGACAGCAGUGGACCCCUGGCUAUACCCAGCAGGCUGCAUAUGGCGGUGCAUAUGGUGCUUAUGGUAGCAGCUACACCACUCCACAAGUACCCGCUGCUGCAACAGCGCCUCAGAGUGCUGCUGCCGCUGCUGCUUACGCCACUUAUCCUCCUACAUAUCCUGCUCAGCAGACCUACCCUCAACAAGGCUAUGCACAGCCCACAGCAGCAGCAGCAACGGUUGCUUCGGCACAGCAACCCGCCUCGGCCUAUUACAGCGGUUACUAUUAAGAUGAUAAGAAUGUUUAUGGCAAUAUUUUGCCACUUGUAAUCUCGUUUUUGUCUUCCCUUUCUUGCCAUCUUUUUGGUCCAAGUCUUUUUUUAGGAUUUUUUUUUGGGUUGAAACAUUGGUAUGUAGCUAAAUGCAGAUCUUAGGAGAGAGUUAAAAAAAAAAAAGAUGAGUUAGUGUUUCACAUUAGGUGACAGUGUAUUUCAUUUAUAUUUAAGCUUUUUACUAUCUA